AUGAUAACAAGUGAAUCAUUCGAGAAGCUGGAAAAAAAACAUGAUGUUGUUGAUUUACCUAGCCAGUAUUGGUUAGAGCCAGUUGUGUCGUUUGAUCUUCAAAACACACAAGAUUCGCAGCUGGAUGUACCAAUUACUCCAAAGGCCUUCAGGUUUUGUGCUUUUGUGAAAGUUGUGAAAGCUCCAAUCACCGACAAUGCAGCUGAUCAUAUGUUGCUCUCUUUUUAUCUGAAGCACAUGAAGCCACAAUAUGAAACAUGGUGUGCUAGCAAAAUCACUGGCAUGAAAUUGACAGGGCUAAUAGAAACUAUCAACUUCCCCAAUGCGAAGUUCAAAGUGGCGACAGGACCAACCAGUGAGGGUUACGAAUUCACACUCGUAGACUUGCCCUGUAUAUACCCAUAUGAUUGGAUCAUACUCUAUAACAUGUUGUUGAAAUAA